UGACUUAUAGACUGUGUGCGGCUUUUAUAUAAGGGACAACCUCUCUUGUCUGGCUUGUAGGGAUAAUUAUCUGAACGCCAUCAUAAUGGCGUCCGAGAUAGUCCUCGCUCUGCCGCAUAAGCUUCGCGUUAUGCGGAUGUACCGGACAGGUCUGAAGGAGCUUAUCAACUGGAGCUCUCAUCGGCACGAGUGGUACCCUCGGGCUUACGCACUGCGUCAGGAGUUUGAGGACAACCGCAACCUGAGCGAUCGCGAGGAAAUUCGCAGAAAGUUGGAGCAUGGCGAGGAGCUGCUUGCACGAUUCCGUUACUGGGAACCCGUCGUCAAGCCGGAGUUCAUCGGGGGAACGGCAUACGGCAUUAAUCCCAGCCAACCCAAGCUCAAGUUCGUUCCCAAUUACGACUACCUCGACGAGUACAAGAAGGGCGACCACCUCUGAUUCAAAGUGGAGCGAAUACUCUUGCGCUGUGCAGCUGCCCCUGGCGCAGGGCACGGGCUCGCCACUCUUACCGUUCCAUGUCCUGGCUGGGGGUAGCAGCAGCUUCAGCGGUGCCAGCAGCGGCAGCUGUGCACGAGGCACGCUGCCCAACCGCUGCUGCGUGCCUCGUGAGAAGCUCAACGGGAGCCAUCAGUACGACACGUAGUCGUGCCAUGCACUAGAUCUGGCCCGGGAUUGCAGCGUCUUAAUCUGAGAACUGGGUUGCCUGGAGUGCCCGAAACAGAUUUCGUGACGACAAGGGUGCAGUGGCGAUUCAAGCGCGGGAGUAGGUAAUGUGAGGCGGCAUGGGAGGCGCGCCAUGAUCGGGGCCCUGUUGUGGGGACCGUGGCCACGCUAGCCUUGGUGGCAUCUGGCGACAUGGGUGUCUGCGCGGGUAGGGGUAUAUGCCAUUCCCACCCGGUUGGGUUGAGUAAUGCGGGUGGGCUGAUGUGGGUCAUUGACCCUGGCUUAGUGUUUCACCUCUUUAGGAUGUCGACGAAACAGAACAUGCGGUAUGAUAUCAUGGGUGCUUGUGGUUUUUGCAGCGCCACUUGCGGCCGGGUGUGCCGGAAGUAAUGGCUGUUCCUUUGCUUUAUUGUUUAGGUAUGUCUUGUGCAGCAGCUAUUUUUCGUACCCAUCUAGUGUGGGUGGAAUUGCGCUGGUCGUGUAUCCUUGGCCAGCAUUAGGGCUCCAUGCAGUGGUACAACACUGUUAAAACAUGG